GCAGCCAGCGACCGGUGGUGGCUGCGCGCCGAGAUGCUGGUGGUCGGUGCGGCCGCCGUGGCAGGGUGCAGCGUGUUCUUCUCGCGGCCGGCCUUCUGCACGACGGAGGAGGGCCUCUGCUCCACCGAAGAGUGCGCUUGUGCGGACCCUGCCCACGGCCUCCGAGAGCUGAGGACGCCGGACGGCAAGGAGUGCCGGCAGUGCGUCGCCGCCUGCCCGGUGGCGAACGGCAGCGAGGUGCCUGCGAAACCCCCAUCGACAAGAAGCGCGACAAAGUCGACCUGUUUGCGAUCCCUGACUUCUGCGGGCCAGAUACCAAAUCGACAACUCCUGACAAGAGUGAGAUGGGCCUGGGCGCUAACAA